AGGGGGUGUUGGUGGUGGCGGUGGUGGAGAGAGAGACGGGAUAUAGGACGGGCUUCACACGGAGGUUUGGCUGCAGACUCGCCGGGAUCCCUUUCGCCACCUCGCCUUCUCCAGACGCAUCAGAGAAUUGUUUGACAUUACAACAGAAGAAGAAAAAAGUAAAGACGACUGGACCAACGAGAUAUCUUCAGGUUUGGUGGUUACAUGCUUGGUGUUCUUUGAUUUUGAGGAAAAACUACUCUACCAAGCAGCAGGAACCAUGGAUUUUGUAAUGAAGCAAGCAUUGGGUGGGGCCACCAAGGACAUGGGUAAGAUGCUCGGUGGGGAGGAAGAAAAGGAUCCGGAUGCAGCUAAGAAAGAAGAGGAGCGACAGGAGGCGCUGAGGCAACAGGAGGAGGAGAGAAAGGCCAAACAUGCCCGAAUGGAGGCAGAGAGGGAAAAAGUACGACAGACCAUCAGGGACAAGUACGGCUUGAAAAAGAAAGAGGAAAAGGAGGCGGAGGAGAAAGCAGCCAUGGAGCAGGCAUGUGAGGGAUCACUGACACGCCCAAAGAAGGCAAUCCCGAGAGGCUGCGGAGACGACGAAGAGGAUGAGGAGAGCAUUCUCGACACUGUCCUUAAGUACCUUCCCGGACCUCUACAGGAUAUGUUCAAGAAGUAAAACAGAAAAACAAAGCGAAUCAAACGAACCCUAAAUUUAGGGUCCGUUCUGGCCUCGGGCCAGGCUGCAGGGCAAUGGGGAAGCAGGGAUCUUUGUGUCUGGGACUUUGGGUCAAGAUUAUAUGUCAAAUGGCUUUGAUUGUAGAUGUUUGAGUUUCAAAAUUUGUCAGGAGGAAAAAGGAUCUGAGAGGGGGCGGGGGUUUCUCAAACUAUUAGAGGCUGCACACUGCCUUUGUAGAGACCUUUUACUUCUUUCUUUUCUACUCUUCAAAGAUUUCAUUAUUUGAAUUUUUGGGUUUUCCUGCUAAUUAUCCUUUCAACUGCCAGGUAGUGCAUGUUUUAUCCUUUUCUAACUUUUAUUGUGUAUUGAUUUAGAUUGAAGCAUUUGUCACAUUCCUUUAAUGGAGAACAACAUUCCACAGUGCACACAUUUUCAAAGAGCACUGCCACCACGUUUUCCAGCAAGCUUCAGUCACCAUAGUGGGCGUUUUCUACUUUUACAAGCCUAAAGAAGGCCUUUCAAUGACAUUUGCUACAUUAGAAACGUUUUUAGGACAUGUGCCUUCAUAUCAUCUCCUCUUGCAGGGGAAGUCGUAAGUGAGGGAUUAAUUUGUGAGUCAAUGUAGUUGCUCAAAGACAGUUUUUGGAAUGAUCUAUUUUGUGUUAAAAUAGCACUAUUUUCACACAAAGGUGUUCAGGAAAUCCUUCAAGAGGCCGUUUUGUUUCACAAAGAAAUUGCCAACAGCUUAUUAGACUGCCAUCAAGUAAAAAAAAUGUUAAGCAGGCUGAAAACUAGAAAAUUUUAUAUUCAAGCAGAUCUUCCAUAACCCUUUGAAUAAUUUUAUGUUUGUUUGUGUAACAGAUGGAAAAAAAUAUAAACAAAGUUAGCAGUCUGAUUCACUUAGACAAUCAAACAACUCAACCCUGAAACGUUUGGGAGUAUCUCUGACUCCUAUCAUUGAUGGUUGAUAAAUAUUUGCUUAUUUAGAUCACAAACUCAUAUUUUAUUAUAUCUUUUCAUUAUUAUUUUUUAAUGGAUAUUACUCAUCAGGCAAUGAUUGAAAGUACUGUUUCAUUUAUUUUGUUAACGUGCUGCAAAAAUUUAUUUCAGUGCAACCAAGAUUGUUAUUUUUCGAUGUUCACCUCAAGUGAAUCUCAUCGACAUCAAGACCAAAGAAAUCCUGGUGAGAUCUCUCUGUUUCUUUCGUCGCCACCAGUUUGCUUGCUGGUGAAAAACUCUGCCGUACUGCGUAGAAAACAAAAGUUUAGGCCAAGCCGGAGAGGAACAGGUGUGUGAGCUGUUGCAUCUCACUGCCUGAAGAGCUGAUAGUACUUCACUUUCCUGCAUCUUUUAGGGAAAAAAAACAAACUAUAGUGAUUCGUCACGUCGUAUUUGAGUAGAUGUUCUGUAAUUCAGCAACAAUCUCUAGUGAAAGAACUUGAAUAUAUGGACAUUCAUGUGUAAAACACAGCAUGUCGGUCAUUCCUAAACAACCUGAUGGCGAGUCAGUGGUUAGUUAUGCAGCGUGUGUGAUUAAUACAUUGUUCCAAUGUAAAUAAAUUUAGAGAUUAAUAGGACUGAUGAAGCUGCACACUGUAAAACCUGUUCCUUUAUUUUACUCAUUUUCUAGCUCAGAUAGGACUUUUCACUAGACAAAGCCAUAUUGUUUAGACUGCAAUAAUUACUUAAAAUGAUUUUAAAAAACAGUAUAUUUCAACAUUGAAGCUGUCUGUUUGUUUUCUGUUAUAAAAUUAGACAAAAUGUUUCUGUUUGUAAAUCUUCACCUCUAUCUUGUAUACUUUAUGUAUACACAAGAAAAAUAUAUAGAAAAAAGAAUCCAUUGUUAGAAGCGUCUCUGUGUAUUAUAUGUGAACUGUAAGUGUGUGCGUGUUUAUAUGUGUGUCUUUCUACAUGUCUGUGAUGUGAGACCAUGUUGUUGAUUCACAUAGUCCUUGUCUAAAACUGUAAAUGUGUCUUUGAGCUGUAAUGUGCAGAGGAAGAAGCUGAUUUUGUCUCCUAGUUGUGCCAUGCCUGAAGAAAAAAAAAGAUACUCAACACAUUCCUUUUAGAUAUUGAGCAUGCAAGUGUUUGGUAGAGACAAGAAUAAACUGAAUGUCACACAGAGAAAUAUGUGUUUAAUCUUGAGCUGCUGUUUCUGUAGGAGUCUCUAGGCAACAGAAUCUGUGCAUUGGAUCCAGAAAAUCAGCUCUAUCUGGGGCUUGAGGAGUCUUUCAUGUUUUUUGCUUUCUCAGUUAAAUAAGUGGAGGCUUCAUAGUUUGUAUUUUUUGGAUGUGAAGCAAAUAUAAAGGCAUUGAGAGCAGGAAAUAAUUUGUGUGAUUUCAGAAACACUGCCCCUUUUUGCUCCCUAAUUUGAAAAAAAAAAAGAAAGAAAAAACAUAAAGAGGGUUUUCCCACCAAACCAUUUCCACUGAGAAACUGGUGCAAGUCCUUCCUUAAGCACCAGUUCUUGCCACUUCCCCUCCCACAAUUUGGGCUGUGGCCCUAAUAAACUGGUGCUUUGACUUAAAUUUAGAACCGGAGGAUGUGGAAGGGUUGAGACCAACAAACAAGCACAAUUAAUGAGCACAGUUUUCAAAACUUGUCCCAAAAAUUUAGGACCAAAGCACAAAUUUAUAAUUAAUGUGGGUUAGGAUUGGAAUCACUAACUGUCUCUUAUCUUCCAGCCUUUUAUAUUUAAAUCCAAAAAUAUUCAUAAACCUGGCAGAUUUAAAAUUCCAAUCAUAUUUGCUCAACUAAGAAGUCUGUUUCUGAUAAAAAAUGAGAUGGGCAUCUUUUUAAAAAUAACAAAAAAUGUAAAAAGGGUAUAAGUUAACAAAAUAAUUUAUUAACAAUAGAUUAUAAUUGCUGACCAGCAGUUUGUAUAUUUUCACCAGUCUUUGAGAUCCAGGUGUUUGAGAUUAAAGCACCUCUUUACCAUCACCCUAAUCUUUAGCUCCCUUCAAAGAUUCUCAGGCUGGACUGGCCAGAAUAGUGUCCCAGGAUUUUCCAAAUGUUCUCUAGCGAGCUUUAAACUUAAUACUUUUUUCUUCAGCAGUGGAGUCUUGUGCAAUCAAAGUACAAAAAGACAAUUGUAACUGAGUGCUGUGUUAUUGGUUUGAUGGAAAAUUACACCUAAUGUUUUUUUCUAAAGCUCUCAUCAAAUGUUAAUGGGCCAUUUUUACUCCUCUGUCAAAAAUCUGUGCUUUUUGCCUAUCAUGACAUGGUUCUUGUGUAAUGUGUUUGUAAUCAAAAAGAUUUUUACAGGCCAAAAGUUUGAUGCAUAUGAUGCAUUUCUUUAAAUACCUGGUUUGUUGGGUUAUUGCCAACAUCUUGUGAUAAAUGAAAGCCAACAGGCCAGUUGGAAAUAUAUUCACUGAAAACAAACAUUAAACAUGUGUUUUAAUGCUUUUGUUUUAUUUAAUGCAUCCCACUUUCACUGGAUAAUCCCCUGCAUUAAUUACUUCCAAGAAAAGAUUCCUUAAAUAUCUUGUGUUUCAAAGGACAGGCCCCUCUCACCUGCUGUACUUGGAAAACCUUAAAUACACCUACACAUGGGAGCUAGGAAAAAGAGAUUUGACUACCAUUUGUCAUUGGCCCAUUGUGGAAACAACAGCCAUACAUUGUCUGUAUGUAACAUAGUCUCUAAGCGGGACUCAUCUCAAGGCGUCACGGCAUGUGAACUUUUUGAAAAGGGCUAUUUCCACAUUGCUAAUGUGAGGUUAGUGUGGCAUUUCUGUUGCAUCUGUGCUUGACCUCAACUCAUCCUACUUUAUAAGAUACAUAAAAACCAAUGAGUAGUUUAAUGCAUUUUUUUUAAUGGUUAGAAAAAAAGACAAUCUAGGAAACAUUUGUGUUUUAGUAGGACAGAAGCAUAUUUAGGAGUGUGAGAGAUAAAAGAUUCUGACAGGACAAGAAACGACGCCCAGAUACAUCAGCUCCCUCCUGAUGUUCCUCUUUAACAUCCUAAAUGUUGAUGUGAUGAUUAGUGGGAAAAGCAUAAACAAAAGGACUGGAUUGUCAAAGCAUGUUCUGUUGUCAGGAGCCCCAGAAACGAAUAUUUAAAAACAUCAGUUCAUCUUCUUCUAGUCAAAAACAGAUAAAUUAAUGAACAUUUUUGUAGAGUGAAGAAAAAUCUUCGAAUAAGGUUAAUUUUUAAUGAAGAUGUCACAAAAUUUGUCUUAUUUCUAACAUUUUGAUAUGAACUUACUGCCCUGCUGAAUCCUGCCGGUAAAUGAUGCAAGUGCUCAGUCAUCGUCAUGUUUACUCUCCCUGUAAAGACAGGAGAUAUUCUGAUAAACACUUGAGCAACUUUGAACACAUUCCAGUCUUUGUUGGCAUUUGCACUAGAAUAUGUUAAUAUUGUUACAUUGACAGAUUUAUUGGCAUCUGCAAACCACUCUUGCUUUUAGCAUCUGCAAAUGAAGAAGGCGAAAAAGAGAGGAAGUGAGCAGCUUUUUAAAACCUUAAACUGGUGAUGUGUGUCCAAUUCAAAAUACUUAAACAUAAAUCCCUGAAUGUUGUUGCUUUGAACUUUCUUUUCAGUUCUUUAUUUGUUAUUCAGGGUGAAAAUUAUUCCAGGGUGAAGAAUGUAAAAUAAGAGUAUACUGUGUUUUUUAUUUUAUUUUAUUUUUUCUUAAAUGCAUGUCAUGUACUCAGUGUGGAGCCCAAUCACUGUAAACUACAACAUCAGUGUAACUGAAUCAUUCUUUUUGGAAACUAAAUGCAUUAAACAAAUAAAAGACGAGAAGGUUUAUAAAAAUCUAAUGAUCUUCCUA